AUGUUCUUGUGGAGAGCCUGUCACAAGUCGCUGCCGACAAAUCUUAAUCUCAGCAAAAGGAAGAUUACGGAAUCAAAUCUUUGUCCAGUGUGCAAAAGGGAACCCGAGAGCGUAAUUCAUGCAUUAUGGUCAUGUGUUGCGGUGCAGGAUGUAUGGGGAAUCUGCUCAAGGAAGCUUCAAAAAAUGAAAGUCAGAUUCCAUUCUUUCAAGGACUUAUUGAGCCACCUAGAAUCAGAAGUAAGCGAGGGAGACUUCGAAGUUUUCGCAACCACAGUGUACCUAGUUUGGAAGAGAAGGAACGAACUGGUGUUUGAGAAGAAAUUCGAGAACCUCUCCAAGCUCAUCUAUAACAGCUACCAGAAACUGAGAGAUUUUAAAGAUGCAAACGCAAGCUGUCCCUCCAGACAUAGUGACAGGCCCCAAGCAGCAGAAUGGACUCCUCCACAAGUGAAUGGCUUCAAGGCAAACUGGGAUGCGACUAUUGACAGAUCAAUGUGCAAAAUAGGCAUAGGGGUGGUGGUCAGGAACUGGGAAGGUAAGUUAAUUGCUACCAUGAGAUCUCAAAGGACUUUGUUUCCGGAGGCAAAGCUGGCUGAGGCUUUGGCGGCUCUAAAGGCUGUAAUCUUAUGUAAACAUCUACAGCUUCAAAACCUCAUAUUGGAAGGUGACACACUCAAUGUGGUUCAAGACAUUAACGCAGAGAGAAGAGAUUAG